CGAAGGGAGUAGAAUUUCACAGCGCCACAGAAGAUGUUACCUUUGUCGCUGCUGCAGACUGCCCAAGGGGCGCCCAUGUUGGUGGAACUGAAGAGCGGCGACACGUAUAACGGUCAGCUUGUGAACUGCGACACAUGGAUGAACAUCAACUUGAAAGAAGUGAUCUGUACGGCCAAGGAUGGUGAUCGCUUCUGGAAGCUUCCGGAGUGCUACAUCCGAGGGAACACGAUCAAGUACAUUCGCAUUCCGGACGAGAUUUUGGACAUGGUGGUCGAGGAAGACUUGACAAAGAAAGAUCGAAAUUCUCUUCGCGGUCGGGGCCGGGGCGGUCGAGGCGGCGUCGGCAGCAGAGGCGACGGCGGAGGUCGCGGUCGAGGUGAAGGCGGCCGCGGCCGUGGCGAAGGUGGCCGGGGUCGCGGUGAAGGUGGUGGUCGAGGACGAGGUGAAGGCGGCCGUGGUCGAGGGGACGGCGGCGGCCGCGGACGCGGCGAAGGUCGUGGCCGAGGUGGACGUGAUGGAAGCAGUCGCGGCGGUCGGGGGAGCUCCCGCGGUGGACGCGGGUAUCAAGGCGACACGGCAUAAACAAAAACGACGAUCUUUUUUUCCGACUGUCGCUGGUUUUCCAACGCAAAAAAAAACUGAAAAAAAAGAAAGCAUUUUCGCGGGAUUAUUUG